UUUUCGCGCCACCACGUCUUUCGUUUCUUUGCCGUCGCGCUACUCCACAACCAACACUCAGUCUUCGUCGAGAUUUCGCUCGUGAAAACCACCAGGUUUCACCACCUCACCAUACUCACUCUUUUCGUUUUGAGUUGAAAUUUUAGUGGUAGCACAGUUUUCCGAAAACACACUUUCUUUUCGUGUGAAUUUACUUUUAGUGUUAUGGGUUUUAAAUACCGGUUUUUUGUGUCUUAGUGUUUAGGAUUAUUUUUAAAAGUGUUUUAUUACCAGGCCUUCCUGGUUUACACCGGUAAACAUAAACAACUACAGUGUCCUGCUGGUUAUCUUUCGAUACCUUUCGAAAACCCGGGGCAGUACAAUAGGCUUAUCAAGAUUCAAAAAUUGGAGAUCUCGUAGAAUUCGAAGUUGGAUGAACAUCUGGACUCUACUGCAUAAGUUAUUAACUAGAUACUAUGUGAUAUUUAUAGUUACUCUUCAAUACUGAAUCACUCAUUCGAUGAGGAAUAAAGUUAAAUUCGAGACAAAAGGAGAGAGAUGUAGGCCAUCUAGCGGAGGCGAUCCGAAUGAGUGAGGGUUGCACCGUAACGUAAGGAGCGGGAGUGAGGCGUUCCCCUCCCCCUCGGAAUUCACCCUCGCGCCGACUGGCUACUAUGCUAAUUGCACUACGUAUACAAACCCUUGUCGCGUUUUUCGGCUUGGCCGCUAUUUGUCAAACGGCGAGACCUGAAGAGGAGGAUUAUUUCAACGAAACGUCCAGUUACGAGCACGAAGUGGAACGGAGAAGCCCGCGCGGUAACAGGCACAGACACCAACCACGUCUAGACGAUCACUUAUUGUUUCACGGACGAUACUACCCGUAUUACCACGAGGUAGAACUAAAGUAUCCUCCGGGGCAAGUUCUCCUUUUAAAGCAGAACAAACAACUGUUGGAGCACGAAUACGAGAUGAUGAAGGAGAGCGGACCGGGGGUUGACUGUUGUCCUUCGGUGCUGGAGGUGAUCGAGCCCAAGGGGGGUAAGAAUGACCAGGGCAAUUAUGUUGAUUUGUACGAGAGCGAGACUUAUAAGCAAAGGUUUUAUGAGCUUUCUUGCCAUAAGGACGUCCUGGAUAAGCCCUGUCGUUUCAUGGAUAAAAAGCUUCAUCCACUUUCCAGGUGUGUUCAGAUGCAUAGCUACACCUACGCCCUAAUAAAAGACACCUCGAAGAAAAGCAAAAGCCGAAACAUGCCCACUUUAUCCGGCGUAGACAGAUCCGGUAACGCAACUUACACCUUGGACUAUAUAUCCAUUAGGAGUGGAUGCAGCUGCGUGGUGAUGCCACCGAAAAAAAAGAAAAAACAUAAAGUGCAUAAAAUGAAUAACAAUGAAGUGAAAAACCAUCAUAAGAACAAUAAGAAAAAAUCGGGGAUCGUUUAUCCUAACAAUAAUCAAAUGUCAGUAUUACGAGAGCCUAUGCUUGAUGAGGACUAUCGAUAGAUAUAAUGAACUGGGAAUUAAACUCAGCAAUUAAAUUCUUACAUUUAUUUCGUCUUUCUCAGUUUACACUCAUUACGAGGACUGCAAUAUCCUUAAGGUUUUUAUUUUCUGUAUAUAUUUUUUUAUUUAUGUAUAUUUUUCAAUUUUUUAAUAUAAAAUGUGGACGUUAACAUUCCAUUAUUUCUGUACAGUGUGCCAUUUUAUGUUUAAUAUUAAUUUUAAAUAACUAAUAAAAUACUAAUAUAUAACGUUAAAGGCUUUGCUAAGUAUUAAGCAACAUAAUAUGUAUGUCCAUCCCUAAAGAAUAUUGACAUUUAAGUAAUAAUAAUAAUAAACAAGACUGCAUAAUUAGCAAUAAUAGCUUAUAGCAUCACACAUGGUUGUAUACAUAAAAUAAUUUAGGGUUUAGUCCUGAUGUCUAGUCGUAUAAGGCAAUAAAAUAGUUAAAUAUGGCUUUUAUUAUUUUAUAUUUUAAUUUGUAAAAAGUUUAAUGAUUUUAGUUACCAUUUUUUUGUAUUGCCGAUUGUCCCUUAUAAAAUUCUUUUAAGAAUAUGGUUUUUAUUUCUAAUUUAUAUUAAUUGCAUCAGCCCUAAUAAUGCAAAAUAGCAUAAUUUGUUCUGUAAAAGUCUAUUACAUUUCUGGGGUAUCCCAGAAAAACUCUUAAACAUGUUGAAAGUAGACAUUUCUGGACUGUUCUAUCUAAAUAUUCUAAGAAUAUGCAUAAUAGGUUUUUAUAUCAUUUUUAUCAUAAUAGGUUCUACAAAUAGUACCUUUCUUUUUUAAUCAAAUUAAAAAAAUUAACAUUUUUUUUAAUUUGAGUAAUGUUUUUUAUAUUUUGCUUAAUUUAAAUGGUGUUAUAUAUAUGUUUAUAAAGCUUUAAAACAAAAUUUGUUAUAUUUUUAAAAAAAAUUUUUAUAGCUAAUUUAUUGGUUAUCUUAAAUACCUUACUUCUAACGAUAACUUUUUUUAAACUUUGAAAGUACCGUUAGUUAUAUUCCAGGAAUGUUUAACUGUGACAUUCGCAGAAUAUACCAGCUAUAUAAUGACAUUGAAACCUUUAUGGGGCAUCGCGAUAGAAUAUCCUUGAAAUGUCUAUUGUUUAUAGGGAAUGAAUAUUUAUUUGGAUAAACAGAAGUAAAUAUUUUGCACUAACUUCGGUAAUUUGUAAUUUUUAUUGUAAAGAAAUAUAUAUUUAUUGUGAAAAAAGGCCCUAUACGAGAUGUUACUUAAAUAAAAAUAAAUGUAACUUAAAUAA